UUCAGUCUUGCUUGAAGACAGAUUACAGAGGGAUAAGGCCAAAUCCAGAUUCUGUGGUGUGCAAUUUACCCUGGUGUGUUAUUGCUGCUAGGGGAUCUGAGCUCAGCCAGGAGCAGUGAGAGCCUCCCCUCCCCCUUCAUGCUGAGUGCUGGCCUAGGACUGCUGAUGCUGGUGGCCGUGAUUGAAUUUCUCAUCGGUUUAAUUGGAAAUGGAAUCCUUGUGGUCUGGAGUUUAAGAGAAUGGAUCAGAAAAUUCAGCUGGUCCUCAUAUAACCUCAUUAUCCUGGGCCUGGCUGGCUGCCGGUUUCUCCUGCAGUGGCUGAUCAUUUUGGACUUAAGCUUGUUUCCCCUUUUCCAGAGCAGCCGUUGGCUUCGCUAUCUUAAUGUCUUCUGGGUCCUGGUAAGCCAGGCCAGCUUGUGGUUUGCCACCUUCCUCAGUGUCUUCUAUUGCAAGAAGAUCACCACCUUUGAUCGCCCUGCCUACUUGUGGCUGAAGCAGAGGGCCUAUAACCUGAGUCUGUGGUGCCUUCUGGGCUACUUUAUAAUCAGUUUGUUACUUACAGUCCAAGUUGGCUUAAUGGUCCAUCAUCCUCCCCAAGGAAACAGCAGCAUUCGUUAUCCCUUUGAACACUGGCAGUACCUGUAUGUAUUUCAGCUCAAUUCUGGAAGUUAUUUGCCUUUAAUGGUGUUUCUUGUUUCCUCUGGGAUGCUGAUUAUCUCUUUGUAUACACACCACAAGAAGAUGAAGGUCCAUUCAGCUGGCAGGAGGGAUGCCCGGGCCAAGGCUCACAUCACUGCCCUGAAGUCCUUGGGCUGCUUCCUCUUACUUCACCUGGUUUAUAUCGUGGCCAGCCCCUUCUCCAUCACCUCCAAGACUUAUCCUCCUGAUCUCACCAGUGUCUUCAUCUGGGAGACACUCAUGGCGGCCUAUCCUUCUCUUCAUUCUCUCAUGUUGAUCAUGGGGAUUCCUAGGGUGAAGCAGACUUGUCAGAAGAUCCUGUGGAAGACAGUGUGUGCUCGGAGAUGCUGGGGCCCAUGAUCUAGGAAGAAAAGUGUGGUCAGGGCACUCUUGGGAUGCUCUUUUGAUAGCUGUCUGUAAGGGAGCUGCCUUCCAUGUCUUUUAAGAUUUUCCUUCUUUU